UGUAUGGAAUGUAUGUGGUUAUGGUUUAGCUUUCAAAGAUACUAGCUACACACCUAGAUCUUACUCCAUAUUCUAGUCUAGCUAUAAUCACUCACCCAUUCUCUAAUCUUUUGUGCUUAUCCAAAGUGAGGCAAUCUCUCUAGCUUUUUGCCGGCAUAAAAAAGGGUGAAUCAGCUAGUCUAGCUUGCUAGCCUUCUAUAGGUGCUAGAGAUCUACUUUCACCAGUCAUGCCAUUACAGAAUGUCGAAUGUCCAGAAAAUAAAUGAUGAACUUUUAGUUUAUGUCAACGAAGAAGUUGGUUCUGGAACUUUUGGAAUGGUUUUCAAAGGAAUGUACAAAAAUAAAGUGUGUGCUAUAAAGAUGCUUCACCAUGUUGCCACACCAUUGAAAAUCAAUUUUCCUGUUGGUCAAGGACAAGAAAAUGCAAUUCGUGCGUUUGGUUAUGAAAGCAUGGUUCUGGAAUCUUUUCAACAUCCAAAUGUUCUUCAACACUUGGCAACAACUAAGCAUCCAUCAGGAAAUACCAUGUUAGUGACAGAGCUGAUGGAUUGCAACUUGAGUACUUAUCUCUCUACACCUGAUCACUCAAGCUCUCUCACAAGUCAGUGUGAGAUUAGCCUCUCAAAGGAUUUAGCUUCUGGUCUUGCCUACAUCCACAGCAGGAAGAUCAUUCACCGCGAUCUUUGUGGCGUUAAUGUCUUGUUAAAGCGAAGUCAACCCUUUCCUGUAGCUAAGAUCUCUGACUUUGGAAUGUCCAAGCUACUCGAUCCCUUAAAAUUCAACACCACUAUUAGUCAUCGCUUGGGUUAUCUACCUCCCGAGGCACUUCACGAGGGUGAUGAAGAUUAUGAUGAAACUCUAGACGUAUUCUCGUUGGGGGUGAUCAUGAUGCAGAUUGCUUGCAGAUUAGAAAACGUCAAAUCUGUAAGGGAAAGAUUGUCAUAUCUUGCAGAAAUUGAAGCCGGCACACACCUGCUUAAACUACACAUUAUGGCCUGCUUGCAAGAAAAAAGACCAUCAGCCGCUGUUGUCUGUGGACAAUUGGAGAAACAUCUGCUGUAUGGAGAUGCUUACAGACAGGAUUAUGAUCUUGUUACAAUCGGAGGAAAACGCCCAAUUUUGCACUCAGGAUCGUCACAAGAGGAGCCUACUAGCAGAAACCAAACAGUAGAAAUUGCACAACAACGGUCGUCCAUUGUUCUGACUGGAGAUGAUAUUCUAACAAUUUGUGAGAAGCUGAGAAGUGCAAGUAAAGAUUGGUUCAACUUGGGACUGGCUCUCGGGGUGAAGUUUUACGAGUUGGAAAAUAUUCGAGAUCGAAGCACAGAUAAUGUGUGCCGCCUAACGAUGAUAGUAGCCAAGCGUCUUGAAGUCACUGAUCCACCCAUGACAUGGCCUUACAUAUGUGAAUGUCUAAGGAGGCCUACUGUUGCACGUAACGAUGUAGCCGAGGAAAUUGAAGACAAGUAUGUGAGGACAGCAACUGCAGUUGCUCAUAGUGCCACCAAUUGAUCAUGAGAACCUGACAAGCUUGAAGGGGACGAAUAAAGUAAAGAAGCAUAAAGAAGCGUCCAUGCAAGAAUUAAGUAAAGAACUGACUGACUCUGUGCUAACAAUGUCGUCUAUAUAGCCAUUAUUAUAAAGUAUGAGUACUGUGACAUGUUCAAGCAUUGUUCCUUUGUUCCUUGUAAGGGAUCAGCAUCUUAGAGAAUAUUAUUAUUUAUAAUUGA